AUUUAACAAGGUUUCGUUUAAAAAACUCUAACUUUUUAAAAACACAUGAAAUGAAAUUUUAAAUAAAAAUGAAGGGUUGCUGCGUUUCAAUUUUUGAAAAUUUGAAACACUUCGUAAAGAAAAAACCUCCACUUGUCCUCUUUCUGGUAGUUCUGGUAAUAUUUUCACUGAUCACAAUGUCCAUUGGGGCCUACGUAAAAACGGCCCAACUGAAAUCAACGGACAUCAAAAAGGAUUGGAACAUAUUUCUGAAUGGCUUCUCAAGAGUUAGUUUCUGCCUGAGUAGCAAUUCAUCAUUGUCACCAAAUUUGUCUACGACGGACAAAAGUGCAACAAACUACACUUCAAAGAACAUAACAAUCCCACUGAAGAUCACAGUCCAGCCAUCUCCAUCAUUUGUCCACCAGCGGCACAACCUUACAAUCCUCUCUGGACUUCUAAGUGCUCAUGACAUUGGCAUCAAAGGCUCAAAUGCCAUGCUGGAAGUGUUCACUGAACUUCCACAUGUAUGGACCAGCAGUGACAACGGGGAUGAAGUAUGCAAAGAUGAUGUUUGCCCACCUGUUACACUGUUUGCCUGUGUCACCAUCGCCGAUCAUUCUUCUCUCUUCCCAACUUCUAAUAUACCUCCAGGUACAUGCAAGCCCACCACGAACAACACAUCCCUACCGACGAACGCCAUCUUCAAGUCGCCACACUCAUCAACCUGCAAGAGCGGGGAGUCAAAAAUAAAAUUUGAGCACAAAUUAGAUCCACUUUUAACCAUUUAUUUAUCUUUGAGUGACAAACAAGUGAUAAACCUGCACCUCCUGCAUACUAGCAUCAUUCUCUUUGCCAUCAUCCUCACCAUCUUCCUGUUUGCUCUCUUCAGAGGGAAGAGGAAAACGAAUGUUGAUGGUGGUGAUGAUUAUAGGGGUGGUAGUGGGGGUGGUGAUUACGCUGUCAAAACUGAGGAUGGCAGUGAACCACUGAUGUUCAGCAUGGAGGAUAUGGAUUGAAGUGUCCUGAUGAUGAUGAUGAUGAUGAUGAUGAUGAUGAUGAUGAUGAUGAUGAUGAUGAUGAUGAUG